AUCUCAAACAAGUGGCUCUGAGUGGUCUUCGAUUGUCUAUCCAACACUCAUCUUAUCAACUCGCCGUCACCAAAGCCCUUUGCUUCCAGUCGAUAAAUCCUUCAAUACCACACGUCUCUUAACCUGCGAAUCUCUGUUCUUCUCAACAAUUCUCUGUUAUGGCUGCUUCCAAUCUAUCUGCUGCAACCCAUUCACAGCUCUGUUCUAGCAAAAAUGGGAUAUUCUCUCCUUGCCAAGCUUUUAUUUCGAAACCCACGAAGACCCAAUUUGUGGUGAAGGAGAAGGGGAUGAGAAUAACGUGCCAAGCUACAAGCAUUCCAGCUGAUAGUGUGCCUGACAUGGAAAAGAGGAAGCUCUUGAAUUGGCUUCUCUUGGGUUCCAUCUCACUCCCAACCGGCUUCAUGGUGGUUCCUUAUGCUAAUUUCUUUGUUCCUCCUGGGUCCGGAGGUGCUGGUGGUGGUACCAUAGCAAAGGAUGCCUUAGGCAAUGAUGUCAUCGCAGAUGAGUGGGUCAAGACCCAUGGUCCAGGGGACAGGACCCUUACACAAGGGCUAAAGGGAGAUCCUACUUACCUUAUUGUGGAGAAUGACAAGUCUUUGGCGACCUAUGGUAUUAAUGCAGUCUGCACACACCUUGGGUGUGUUGUGCCAUGGAAUGCUGCAGAGGGCAAGUUUAUUUGUCCCUGCCAUGGCUCCCAAUACAACUACCAAGGCAAGGUUGUUAGAGGGCCUGCACCUCUGUCCUUGGCCUUGGCUCAUGCAGACAUUGAUGAAGGAAAGGUAUUAUUUGUUCCAUGGGUUGAAACAGAUUUCAGGACGGGUGAAAACCCAUGGUGGGCUUAAGACCCCCCUCAUCACCUUCAAAUUCUCCUUGUGUUAGAGUUGGUUCAGGUCAAUUUGUUUGCUCCAACCCAAACACUACUUGUACUAAAGCUUUAUUGAGAACACAAAUUGAACUUUAUGACAUAAAGAUUCUUAUAUUACGAUUA